AUGUCUAGCAAAACUACUGAAAUUGAUUACUCUAUCAAUAACUCCGACGUUGUCGAGAAGUACAAGACGGCUGGUACCAUUUCCUCCAAAGUUUUGGCGGAGGUGAGAAAGGCCCUUCUGAACGUGUACUCGUCCAAGAAGAACAAGACUUCCAAAGGUAUUGCCUUCCCUACCUGUGUGAACCCCAACAAUAUCCCAGCCCAUUUGUCCCCAGAGUCUGAGGAUGAUGACGCAAACUUGACUCUCAAAAAUGGAGAUGUUGUCAACAUCAUGCUUGGUGUCCAGAUCGACGGUUUCCCUGCCGUCAUUGCUGACACUUUGGUCGUUGGUGAGAGUGCCGAGAACCCAGUCACUGGCAUCAAGGCCGAUUUGCUUCACGCUGCUUGGAAUGCUUCCGAGGCUGCUAUCAGAACCUUCAAGCCUGGUAACAGAAACUUCGAUGUCACCAACGUUGUCGACAAGGUUGCUAAGGAUUUCGGCGUGGCUGCUGUUCAGAGCAUGUUGACCCACAACCAGGAACGUGAUGUUUUGUACGGUCCUAAGGAGGAGCACAAGAACAGAAUGGAUACCCACAGAUUUGAGGAGCUGGAAGUGUAUGGCUUGGACAUCUUGGUCUCCACCUCCGCCGACGGAAAGGUCAAGAAGUCUAACUUCAAGACUACCUUGCACAAGUUGACCGGAAACAACUACUCUCUCAAGUUGAACACAUCUCGUCAGGCUCUCAAGGCGUUCAAGGAGAAGGUUCCCGGCCAUUUCCCUGCCAACGUUAAGAUUUUUGAAGAGCCAAGAAAGGUUCGUGUUGGUUUGAUCGAGUGCAGCAACCACGAGGUUGUCUUGCCAUACGAUAUCAUGGAAGGUGCCUCUGACUCUUUCAUUGCCCAGUUCUUCACCACAAUCGCCAUCACCAAGAACGGUAUCGUCAAGUACACCUCUCCAUCAUUCAAUCCUGAGUUGUACAAAACAGAAAAGAAGAUUGAGGACGAGGACCUUGCGAAGUUCAUCGCUGAGCCCUUGCCUGAGCCAAAGCCAAAGAAGAAGAAGAAGAAGCCAGCUAAGAAGGCCGGUGAAGAACAGGCCUAA